GAAAUAUGCCAGCUAGUGGAAAAUCGACGCCGUGAACUCCUUGAUAGUGUUCGGAUAAUGCGAGAUGAGAAACGGAAAGCGCUACGCGAUCAAAUGGAUCAAAUUGAUGCUCAUCGUAAAAAGCUGGAAAGAGAACUUCAAAGCUGUCAGUUGGAUGUACGUGAAAUGGGAGCACGUACAAAACGUGUAAUGGAAUCAACCGAUGAAGCAGCGGCGUUAACGGAACCACGUGAAAAUGCCUUUCUAAAACUGCAUACUGAUACCAAAAAGCUUCUCCAGGGUACGACUUAA